AUGGCCAAAAGAAUUGACAGCCUUCAAGUAGCAGCUGUGAACACAAGCCAACCAUCAACUGUAUGGAUGCAGAAUGAAGAAAGCCAAGAAGAGCAACAACAGGAGCAAGUGCAAUACAUGCAUAACCAAAAUUCGGGUCAGAAUGAAGUUUAUGGUGAGACCUACAAUCCCUCCUGGAAGAACCACCCCAACCUUAGAUGGGGAGAUAACCAUAACCAAGGCCAACAAUCAUGGCAAAGAAACACAACCCAGAAUAUCCCAAGGAACAACCAGCAAAACAACAACCAAAAUUCAUUCAGAAAACCACAAAACACUUACCCCAACUCUAACUAUUAUCCAACCCAUAACCAAUCCAUCAACCAAAAUACCUAUCAUCAACCACCCACAUCUCACAACCAACCACAAGCACCUCCAGAAUCUCAAAGAAUCACUAAUCUGGAAACCUUGAUAGACAAGCUGUGGAAACAUCAAGAGAUGACGGCCAAAAAUCAAGAAGCUUCCAUCAAGAACAUGGAAAGACAAAUAGGCCAGCUCUCUAAACACUUUGCAACAGAGAGGCCAUCAAGUUCCCUGCCAAGUGACACAAUUCCAAAUCCUAAGGAAGAGUGUAAGGCGAUACAGUUAAGGAGUGGGAGAACAUUGGUGAGCAACAAUGACACUACAAGGAAACAAGUGGAGAGCAGCAAAAAGCCAACAAAUGCAGAGGAAGCCAAUGAUCAAGAUAUGGUGCCAAACAAGAACACAGAGAACCCCAAGGGAGAAGAAGACCAGCCAAUCAAUACACAUAAGAAAGAAGAAGAAGCAAUUCAAGGACAACAGAAAAAGAAGAAGAACCUCAUCCCUCCACUGCCAUAUCCACAGAGGUUCAACAAAGAAACCAAAGAUCAACACUUCCGCAAAUUCCUGGAAACUUUCAAGAAGGGUGUGAUUGAAAACCUUCUAGUCAAGGUGGACAAAUUCAUAUAUCCUGCGGACUUUGUGGUUUUAGAUUCAGAUAUGGAUGAAAGUGACUCCAUCAUACUUGGGAGACCUUUCUUGGCCACUGCUAGGGCUAUCAUAGACGUAGAGCAAGGAGAAUUAACUCUCAGGAUGCAUGAGGAAAGCAUUAUCCUGAAAGUGUUUCCAGAACCACAAUUUAGUAAAGAAGGAAGCAAGGUAGUCAGUGACUGUUGUCCAAGGCAAGCAACCGACAACACAGGGGAGCAGAAGAAUGAGCAUGUGAAGCAAGGCUUGGAAGAAGGUUACAAAAAGUUGAAGAACACCCUGGAGUGA